AUGUUAUCAGUAGAGAAACCCUCCACUGGGGCGGGCGAAGCCUCGGCAACCGCUAAUAAUCAUCAAUUAUCAUCAUCAUUAUCAUCAACAGCGUCAUCGCCUCAGGCGGCAGACGGAGACGGCGGCGGUGACGGUGCUCGGUUGCGCGUGGAAGCAGCACAAUUAGUAGACAAUAAAAUCCACGACAAACUGCAACAUCCGGUGCGAGAAGACGGCUCGCUCCUUGGGGCGCCAGCGGAACCCGUACGCCGGAAGAGGCAAGACCGCGGUGCCAAUGCAGCGACUGGGGCACGCUGGCAGGAGGUGGACGAAGCGAUGCUGCCGAGGAUAACGGAGGACGUCUUGCUGGUGAGCAACCUGACCGAGGAGCGGCUGCGCGAGGAGAACGAACUGCUGGAGCACCUUAAUCGGGCGCGGAAGCUGGGCGCACCGCCGCCACCACCGCCGUUACCAUCGUUGGGAGACGCCGUGACCGUGGCCGGUGCCGCCAACACCGUCACCUUCCCGGCCGAGGACCACGCGGGCACGGAAACGGUGUCGGUCGCCCGCGUCAUCAUAUCCGGCGAUCUGUCCUGCAUGCGGGACGACUUCGUGCCGGCCCCGGCGAUCGCCAACGCGGACAUCAAAUAUUUGCGCAACGACCUGUACGGCCUCGAGCACUCCUUUCUCGAGGCGGAAUACCACUGCCGGGUGGGCUACCGGCUAAGGACGAAGCCGGAGUCGUCGUCGGCGGCUGCCGUCGUCGUUACGUCGACCGGAGCCCUCGCGAACGGCAAUCUGGUGUGCCGUAAGUCCCGGUGGAUCGGCAAGCGGCCCGCCUGUGUGCGGAUUAAAUCGUCACCGGAGACAAGGACCUCGCCGUCUGGACCCGGCGGUAAGGCCUGCGGCAAGGAUCACGACUGUCCCCAGGCGUGCCAUCGCGACACGGUCAGCGGACACUCGAACCGCUCGACUGUCUGUUCCUGCUACAAAGGAUUUAAAAUGGUCAACCACCGGUGUGUAGAUAUCAACGAGUGCAUCGAGUUCGGCGAAGAUGUCUGCGAGUACGGCUGCUCCAACACGAUCGGUUCGUUUACAUGCAAAUGCCCCCGAGGGCUGCGAGUCACCGACAAUAACAAAUGCAUGGAUGUAAACGAGUGUCUGCUACGGAACGGGCACGGCCCGUGCCAGGAUACGUGCAUCAACACGUGGAGCAGCUACCGGUGCACGUGCGACGGGCUGCCGGGGACGCGCCUGGCAGCGGACGGCCACGCGUGCGAGGACAUCGACGAGUGCACCGUCGGCAAUGGAGGCUGCUCCCACACUUGCCUCAAUACGCUUGGGCGUGCGUUCUGCACCUGCCCGGACGGCUACAUGCUGGACGAUGACUGGAAGACGUGUAUCGACGUCGACGAGUGCGCCAACCAGAAAUCGAUCGCCAGCGACCAUCGGUGUCACGGUCGGUGCAUCAACACGGUCGGCUCGUUCCGCUGCCAGGAGGAGGUACUGGGGGAUGCAGACGGGGAAAGCUUCGUGGCUGGCGACGGCACGGCACGGUCCCUGUCGGUGGGCGGCAGUGGAGAGCUGCAGAAGGAGCAGCUGCCGGACUAUGACACGCUCUGCCCGACCGGUUACCACUUCAACACGACGAUGGGCGACUGCCAAGACACGGACGAGUGCGGUUCGGCGAACGGCGGAUGUCAGCAGCACUGCAUCAACAGCGACGGAAGCUACUAUUGUUCCUGCAAAUAUGGUUUCAAGCUCAACAUCGACAAGCGCUCGUGUUUGGUGCUGAACGAUUCGCUGAAGCUGGCGGACGUGGCCUGCGCCCCGCUGUUUCCACCGCGCCACGGUUACCUCGAGUGCAGCCGGCCGAUCGACGAGAUUGCGGACGGACCGAGCCGCGGCAGCCUGAAGAUCACGAACCGACCCGGCAGCCAGUGCCUGCUGAAGUGCCCGACCGGUUACCGGCUCGAGGGCAAGUUUUCGAAAAUCUGCGGCACCACCGGCGAAUGGAUUGGCGACGAGAAUGGCACCUGCAUCCGCUACCCGCAUCCGAAGCUGACCUGCCCGACGAGCGUCAACGUGGAGCUACAUCCGAACGACACGGAAACCACGACGGUGCGCCUGAGGCGCCCGGAAACCGACGUCAGCUGGGAUCGCGACGUCCUCGUCGAGCCGAGCUGGGCGAAGAACGAUCCGUUCCUGCUUCCGCUCGGUCCCCUCAACGUGACGUACUCGGCCAGGCACCCGGUUUCGAAGCUGCGCACCGACUGCACCUUCACCAUCAACGUGCUGCCCGGUUCUCCGCCGCGAGUGGACUUCUGUCCCGACACGCAGCUCUACACGAUCGAAGGGCGGCACCAGAGCGUCAAGGCGACCUGGGAGGAGCCAGUCUUCUCGGACAACGUCGGUGUGGUGACGAUCACCAAGUCCAAUAGCCCAGGGACGGACUUUGGCGCCGGGAGCCACCUGAUCACGUAUGAGGCUCACGAUGACGCCGAGUGGAAGAGCCGGUGCGUGUUCAAGAUCGUGGUGAACGUGAGCCCGCAGCAGCAGAACGGUGGGCAGUCGAGUCAUCUGCAGCUACCGAUACUCUACAAUCGGUUCUACUUUUAAGCGAAUCGGCGGCCUAGUGUUGUAUAGCAUUUGCAAUCAUUGCCCGUUCAGUUACUGGUGCCCCGCCAGAGGAUUGCCGGGAACUUUUCCCCAAGGGGGCCAGCUUCAUUCCGUUUCCCCCCCGGUCGAAAGGGUAGCCGCAGCAGCCAUGCCCUACAUUCGCCAGCUGCUGCUCCGUGGUCCGGGGCAAAGGAUUACGGUAGGACACAACACAAGUGGGAAAACAAUAAAUUGAUCAAAUGAACCAGAAUUUAGACGGUAGCUAUCCGCGUCCGGCGCUUCUUCGGUGUAUGUGCUCGGGAAUGGUUCUCUGUUCCGCACGGUUGGAGAAGCGAGGAAAACGGAUUAUGCAGAUAUAUCAUCACGUACAUAUACACAACUAGGGAGUUAGCAGAGCUAUCUAGGUGAGGCGAGUGGAACCAUAUCCUGCGGGAGAGAGAGAGAGCGAGAAUGCUGAAGCUAAACAAUGGUAGAUAUCAGUGGAACAAGAUGCCCAGCUGGCGGAAAGGGUUUCCUCCAUCUUUCGAGCGAACCCUUCUUGGUGCAAAUUAAGGUUCCGCCGAUUUAUGUUUUCUCUUGAGAUGCAAAUUGGCAGAACCUCGAUCUGAGUCGGGGUGGCCCUCCGCUGGCUGGUUUGAUUAAUCUGGCCACUCGUCUGGCGAGAGAAAUUCGUUUCGUUUGUGCACAGUAAUUUGCGGGUCCGAGGAACAGUUGGAACUAAACACAUCACACCGGAGAAAGGGUGAACGAACGACCGUUCGGCCACACGUUUUGUAAAUAGACGUCCUUCGCAAGGCGAGAAAUCAUCAGCACACACAUCCCACAACCGAGUCUCGAGGGCUUGGAACAAUAAAACGGCGGAAGCGGAAACAAAAAGUAUCAUAAGUUUUGGGGCAGAAUAAACGGGAGGCAAACAAUAAAAAUGGACAGAGCAGGGCGCGAACGUGUAAGGGGGCGAAACAUAUUUUCAUGAGAUUUAAAAUGAGAUAGAAGAACUGUAGUGUGAUGCAUUUGGAAAACGAGUACC